UUACAUGUAUGCAUCCACGUAUUUUUGUAUGUAGGUGAAUGAGUAUUAUUGUACAUGUGUGGAUGUGCAUGUAUGGAUAUGUAUGAAUGCACACAUUUGCAAGGAGGGUGUAUGAGGGACAGGAGCAGGCUGCCUACCAUUUGUUUUAGUCCUCCCUACUGCUGGUAUGUCUUCCCUGGAAGGUUAGUUACAAGGGAAUGUGUCUCUCAAGCUGAAAAAAGGGUUUCCCAUCAAGCCAAAGGCUUUGUGGAAUAUGUGGGUGUGUGAGGACAGAGUCGAAGGAAAUGAGCUGUGGCUUCUCACGUGUGUUCUGGGAGGAUGUUUCAGGCAGAGGAAGGAACGGGAGCAUCGUCAUGGCACUGCUCAGCCAACAAGGCAGCAGAGAAGUAGACAAGAAAUUAUAACUUUAAAGUAGGCCACUUCUUUUGAUUCUGCCUUUUAAUGGGUUAAGGUGGUAGACGAACAAACUUCUCAUGAAUUCAUUUUAGACUUGCUUUUUUGCCUUAACAGACCUGAUUAUGAUGAUGAUAAUAAUAAUAAUAAUAAUAAUAAUAAUAAUAAUGAAUGGAGAUUUUCGCUUUUGGAGAAAUAGGACCGUAAGAGGAGUCCUGCUGGGUCAGGCCAGCAUUCUGUCCAGAGAGUGGCCAGCCAGCUGCCGGGAGAGUAGCGGCGGUGGCAGCAUCCUCCUCAUCUUUCCUAGGAUUUGGAAUGCCCACACACUCUGCCUCUGAUUGCAGAUGAAGGCAUGUAGCCAUCAGGACCAGAAACCAGCCUAAAUAAUUCAGUGUCAUCAACAGACUUGGCCAUCUCACUUCUUUCUGCUAAUUGCAGAUGGUUUAUUAACGAGCUGAAAAGCACAGAACCCCCACACAGAUCCUCGUAGGAUGCUACCGCUUACCUCCCUCCAUUGGGAGAGUUUACCAUUUUACUCUGUUUUCAGUUCUCUGGACAGGAACUGAUCUUUGUGGUCAUUAUUAUUUAAAUAAAGAUUUGGUCCCCUUUAUCUCUCUGAUGUAGUAAUCCUAUUGGACUGAGUUUAUUCUGAAGUGCCUUUUGUUCCUUAUUAAAAUUAAUAAUUCCUUAUUAACUUAUUAAGAGACAGCAAUACGCAGCUGUGGCAUGCAAGUCCCCAGAAGCCAGUGGGUAGACCCCUCAGUGGGCUGUACGGGUGCAACAGGGAUCACACCUAAGGGGCGAAUGGCCAUGGCCUCAUCAGAGAGGUGCAGUGACCAGAACGGUGUGCUGUAUUUUCCGUGUGGCACACUGUUAAGAUGUACAAGGGCAGUAUUGCAAUGUCAGUUCUAUUUUCAGUACCUUUUCUAAUCAUGUCCAUCAUGAAAUUUGCUUUUUUCCCAGCAGCUGCACAUGGGUUUGGCUUUUUCGUUGAGCUAUAUACAGUACUAGGGAGAAGAAUGGCUGUUCUGACUUUCUGGAAUACCUUGGAGAAGUCCUGCAAUGAAAUGGAACCUGAGAUUUCCAGAUAAGAAGGCACACUGAGAAAAGCGCCCUUUUUUAGAAAGCUCAGGAGCCAGUAGUGGGGCUUCAAAAAUGCAUUAGGCUGUCAAAAUACAUGCCGGCUGUGUUUACACACUUCAUGUUGCAUGACUGGAAGAAAGGUAACAAGCUAGAAGUGGAAUAUGGCGAUUCGAUUCCUGCGCAAGGCAGCAGCCAUGCUGGAGAGACACAGGACUGGCUGCCUUAUAGUUUCCUGCGCUGGACUCUUUGGAGCGAACCUGGCUUUUCACAUCUUCCCUGAGCAGACGUGCAGAACACUGUAUCAAGCCUGGGCAAAAGGGAAGCCAGUGGAGCCUUCAGAACGACUGCUGCGCCUGUUCAGUGAAGUCCUCAGUGAUGUCACCGUGGAAACGGAUAAGGGUUACCAAGCCUUCGUGACUUUCAGCUUCCACCCAGUGAGUGCUGGCCUUCCAUGGCUGCCUGCGGGCUGCGUUGUGGGCAUCCCUGCCAACUUCGGCAGCUCAGCCAAGGAUGAGUCUGAGAUCAGUGCCCAUGUCAUUGUGAUCAAAGGCAAAGAAGUGGACUGGGAGAGCCCAGAAGGCUUGGCCUUGAAGGAAGCCUUGACGCUCUCCCCAGCAGCUCAGAAGUUUGCCAUUGCUAGAGAGAUUGUCUACGUGAAAAACCAUAGCCCUUUAAUAUGUGCAGCCAUUGCACCUGUAUUCCUAGCUGGGACUUAUGGCUCUGCGGUGGCCAUGAAGGGACUUUUGGGCCUGUAUUCUGGCCCAGUGCAAUUACGAGGCCUUUGCAACAUUGUAGUCCUGGCACUUGGAUAUGUGGGCUAUUGCUUGUCCUACGACACUGUGAGCCAGGCAGCAGAUUAUAGGGCAGACAGAAACACAGCCACCAUUUCCACUGACUUUGCCAGAGGCGGGGUGGAGUUCUAUAAUAAAAUCUUGUCCCAGAACCAGACUUUUCGUACACUAAUGGGCAAGCAAGGGAAGAAAAUAUAUGCCCCUAAUGGUAACCUUUUCCCAAGACACUGGAUCAGAUUCAAACAUGCAUCAUACACUUCCAGAAGGGACUUGAUUAUCAAUAUUUUAAACAUGCCCCAGGCAUAGGGAAAGCAUGAUUUUUAAACAUGUAAAUUAUGUAUUCUCCUUGGAACUUUGUGGCCUGGUUUCCCCUUUUUUCUUAUACUUUCAUUAGUCUUUCCAUUUUGGAGAAGAAAAGACUUGAUUUGAUUCUAUUUUGUUGAAUUCCUGUAUUCACUGAAUGUUUUUGUCGUAAAAAAUUAAAGUCUCACUUCGAAGGUUUGAUGUCCUACGUGCCUUUAAAAUCCACCUGAAAACUCUGAGGAAGGGUUACUUGCCAGGCACUGAACUGGAACGCACUGAAUUGGAAGAGCUGCUGUUCUCUGUCCUUUGCACGAAAUCCACAGGGCAGGGCAGACUGUUGCAAUCUUGUGAAGCUGUAAAUUCUGCAGAGCGGCCACCUGCCUUGGUGUCCUGACCAUGUCAGACAAAAAUGAAUUCAACAAACAGAACUAACACACAUUAAACAGUGUUCUGUAAACUCGGAAGGAUUUCCCAAGUUUAGGGUGAAAUGGAACCCCAGGAUCGCUUCCUUGGCAAGUCGCCACUUGCUAAGAUCUCAUCUGCUUUUACUUGAACUUGGGAAUUUUUUUUGCCCCAACAUGCUUUACUUUAUGCUUAGUUAAAUUUAGCUAUAUUUGCCAUUGUGCUGCCCAUCCCACAGGGCCAGAUCAUCCCAGACUAAAAGCUUUUCUUAAGCUUAGUUUCCAUGCAGGGAGAUAUUGGGGAUAAGAGAUGGAAAAAGGAAAAAUAACCUUUCCCUUCCCAGCUGCUAUUCCCCUUGAAAAAUGCCUCUGCCUAGCAGUUCAGGGAAGAUACAGUGACUAUUGAUGCAAAUUGAUUGACACAAAUCUAGGUCAUAGAUCCAGGACCCUAAGAGAUCGAAAGCCAAGAGGACCUAGGCUGGUGUGAAGUCCUGUGGUGUCUUGCACAGUAGUAUG